ACACAGCCAUGAGUUUCCCCACACGAGGGAGGCGGAGGCUCAGGCCCAUUUCUAUUUAUAAUGGGCUGAACAAAUUUUGCAGCUGUAAAGGUCAAUGAAGGAGUCGGCUUGAAAAUAAUCUGUAGAUGUUGAGACAUGCGCAGAUGCGGGAUGAUGCCAUAUUGGACACACACAUAGCCUACACACACACACACACACACACACACACACACACCGCUCCUGCUUCAACCAGAACACCGGAUCACUCAAUUCAGAUAGACGGGAAAAACUCGCACAAGGCAUGGAUUGUGUAGAGGAGGAGGUGGAUUUUAACUGGGAGGAGUACCUCGAAGAGACUGGAGCCACUGCUGCCCCUCACACUUCAUUCAGACAUGUGGAGCUCAGUCUUCAGAGCAGUUUUCAGCCUGGAAUGAAGCUUGAAGUAGCUAAUAAGGGCAGUCUGGACACAUAUUGGGUGGCCACCAUUAUAACCACAUGUGGUCAGUUGCUAUUGUUACGCUACUGUGGCUAUGGCGACGACCGCAAGGCUGACUUCUGGUGUGAUGUCAUGACAGCCGAACUUCAUCCUGUCGGCUGGUGCGCUCAGAACAACAAAACGCUUCAGCCACCCGAAGAUAACGUUUACCUCAGAGCAGCUAUUAAAGAGAAGAAUAGCGACUGGACUGAGUUUCUCAUCAAAGAGCUCACAGGUUCACGGACAGCACCGGCAAACCUGCUUGAAGGGCCAUUAAGAGGUAAAAACACAGUGGAUCUGAUUGUGGUAGGCUGUAUUUUGGAGGUGCGUGAUGCAUUUGAACCCAGCGUGUACUGGGCAGCACGAGUCCAGAGUAACAUUGGUGGACGUUUAUGCCUCAGCUAUGUUGGAUUAAAUGACCCCGCCUACGACAUGUGGAUGUUCUACCUUGACACCAGGCUCCGCCCCCUGGGUUGGGCCAAAGAGAAUUAUCUAUCAAUCAAACCACCCACAGAUCGGUGUGAUUUGAGGAGCAGCUCAGAAUGGACUGAAGCUUUAGAUGAAGCCACAGCCAAAGCCUUGAAAAGUCCCCUUCCACUGGAGGUCUUCAAGGAUCAUGCUGACCUACACACACACUCCUUCAGGCCAGGAAUGAAGCUUGAAAUGGUGUCACCCAAAGAACCCUUCCACAUCUGCCCCGUGUCUGUAACUAAAGUCUAUAAUGAAUACUACUUUCAGAUCACAGUUGAUGACCUCACAGCUGAAGCCACGCCCACUUGCGUGGUGUGUCACGCGGAUUCACCGGGCAUCCUGCCAGUGCAGUGGUGUCUGAAGAAUGGUGUUGGACUGGAGAGGCCACAAGGUUUUGAGUCACAGGACUUCGAUUGGGCGGACUAUCUCAAACACACUGGCACUGAAGCCGCUCCAGACGUGUGUUUCCCAAACGCGUCUCAGAGCAGGGGCUUCUGUAAGGAUAUGUGGCUUGAAGCCGUGAAUCCACUCCAGCCUUCCGAACUCUGUGUCGCUCGUAUCACUCAGGUCAAAGGUCGGCUUCUCUGGCUCAGACUGGAAGGUCUGACCAAGCCAUUACCAGAUUGUAUAGUGGAUGUUGAGAGUAUGAAUAUCUUCCCUGUGGGCUGGUGUGAAGCUAACGGCUAUCCACUAACACAUUUACAAAAGACAGUCUGUCUGCCUCAGAAGAAGAUUGCUGUUGUUCAGCCUGAGAAACAGUUGGUCCCCUCACAGCCUCCUGAUGCCCCUCUUAACCUGUGCUCAUCCAUCGCCAUGGAUACAGGUUUGGUGAAUGGAAAGUACUGUUGUUCUCAGCUCUUCAUCAAUCAUCGCUGUUUCUCUGGUCCGUAUCUCAACAAAGGCCGAAUUGCUGAGUUACCAAAGGCUGUGGGGCCCGGCAAGUGUGCUGUAGUCCUCAAAGAGAUUCUGACAAUGUUAAUAAACUCAGCGUAUAAACCUGGCCGUGUGCUCAGAGAACUACAGAUGGUGGAAGACCCACAGUGGAACUGUCAGGAGGAAACCCUGAAAGCCAAGUAUAAGGGGGGAAGAUAUAUGUGUAAAAUGUGGGUAUUGUGAACAGCAGAUCAAGUGUCGGAGUUUUGUCGUCGAGUAUGCGAGAGACUUCAGUGUUGUCUGAAUCUUUUCGGCCCAACAAUCGUGUCCGACAAGUGCCCUGAAAACUGCUUCAGUCAGACCAAGACCAAAUACACAUAUUACAAGAAGAGGAAAGUUGGUCGGCCAAGUUUAGGGGAGAAUGCUCAGGAUGGUGACAUGACCAAACCAGCACGACGGCGGAAGAAACGCAAAGCCAUCUUUGUCCAGAAGAAACGGCGCACUUCCAUUGUAGGAUACCAAGCCACAGAGUCACCUCAGGAUAGCGAUUAUUACUAUGAUGAUGAGGAAGAAGAUUUUGAGGAGUGGGGCAGUGAGGUAAGUUCAAGCUCACCGCGUGAGGAGAACUCCUUCAAAGACGUUCCGAAGAGAGGAAGACCACCGCGCCGUGCUGCUCUUCAGCGCAGGGCGACCCAUCCAGGGCCAGAGACCUCAGACAGAUCCUCUCCCAGAAGAACCACACGCUCCGUUUCUUACAGCCAGAACCAGACGGCCAAAAACACACACACAAAGAAUGAGAGUUUUGAAGAGGAAGAUCGUCUGGUGUUAGAGAGGAAUCCUCUGGAAUGGAGCGUCUCUGAUGUGGUCGACUUCAUCACAUCCACAGAUUGUGCCUCUCUAGCAAAGAUAUUCCAAGAGCAGGACAUUGAUGGACAGGCCCUGUUGCUGCUGACACUUCCUACAGUCCAGGAAUGUAUGGACCUAAAGCUCGGCCCUGCCAUCAAACUCUGUCAUCAGAUCGAGCGAGUCAAAGUGGCCUUCUACUCCCAGUUCGCUAACUAAGCUAACUUUCUGCCUCAGUGGACGUAAAUCAACAGAGACCUAUGUAUUGUACUCAGGGGAUGUAAAGAGUCAUUCCAUCCAUCAGGAAGCCUCAGGUUGCCUCAUACCCAAUGGAUUUUUUCCCCCAUCAUUUGCCUUCAAUAUGAGAUUUAGUCGUGGAACAUGACAUUAUUUCUGCUUUCCCUGCUAAAGAAAACCUACCUGGACUCCCAGCCCAGGCAAACCGGUGUCUACAGGAUUUAACUGGAUGGUCAGCUGGAAAAGUACCAAAAACCUCUUUAAAGCCAUCAAAACAGACCAGUCUGACCAUUCUGAUCCCAGCUUCAACAUCCUUACACUCUUGAAAAUAAAGGUUCCAAAAGGGUGCCAUAAAGUAGAUCAGUUCUUCUAUUUUUUUCUUAGUGUGAAGAACGUUUAAAAAAAAAAAAAAAAAACUCUUUUCCACUAUAAAGAACCUUUUAUGUUAAAGCAUUGAUGCCAAUAAAGAAUCUUUAUUUUUUAAGAGUGUAGUUUUUUCUUUUUCAUCAGUGUGGUGAAUCUUUUAAGAAGACUAACCAAACAAUCUAGAGGAGGUUUAGGUUUGGUUGGAGUUCCAGAAGAACGUUUAAACGUUAGGAUGAAGACAGCUUUGAAAAUCUCCAAUGCGAAUAAGGACACAUCUAAACUGUGAAAAACCUCCAACCCCUGAGUUCACUGCAGAACUAUCUGAAACUUUAUCCGUCUUUUAAGACCAAAUGAUAUUUAUAAUGGCAAAUUACAUAUAAAGUAUUACCUUUAGAAGUGAAUUAUAUUUGUAAUAUUUAUUUUAUUCUAAACUAUUUUUAUUAUGUUUGUUUGGAGGUUAGUGGCAAAUUAACACCUGAAAAAAAUCUACUUUUGGCAACCUGGGCAUUAUGAAUUAGGGAAUAUUAUUAAUAUCAGGACUGAUAUUUGAUGUAAACUUAUUGUGUGUUAAACUUAUGUUGUGUGUGUGUGUGUGUGCAUGAAUGUUGGUGUUCAUGCAUACACACAUACAUAACUCCACACAUUUGUUUUCCCAAAAAUACAUGCCUUUUGUUUGUCUAACACAUCAUUUGUUUCUCUUUAAAAUUCAAGGGCAGGUAAAUUUUUGAGGAGCUGCUUUUUGUCAUGGCCUAUCUAUAUUGUAUGUUAAUGUCAUUUUUGAUCUAUGCAAAAUUGGAUAUGUUUUCUAUAUAUUUUUUGUUGUAAUGAGUUUCAUAGUGAUAUAUUUUUUACUUCACUCUGUUGUACUACACUUACCUUGAUCCCAAGUAGAAUGUAUUCGAAAUUGAUGGAUAAAAUAUUUUCAAUCAUCA